AUGACAUCUCAAUCUCCAUUUAUAACAACUCUUAUACGAGAUUUAUCUCAAUUACUUGAACAAUCAAAUAAUUAUGAUGUAAAAAUUCAAGUUGGUGAAAAUCAAAAUUCUAAAGAAUUUAAAGCACAUUCAAACAUUUUAUGUGCUCGAUGUCCUUAUUUUAAAAGCGCAUUGUCUACUAAUUGGGUUACGAAAAAAGAUGGUGUUGUCUCAUUGGAUGAACAAUCUGGUGGAGAUACAUUAAGUCUAAUGGUUGCAGCUGAUGAAUUACUUCUCGAUGAAUUAGUUAUUUACGUACAAGAUUAUUUUGUAACAGAUCAAUGUUCAUGGGUUCAACAAAAUUUUGUUCAAGUUUUACAUACAGUAUUUAGAUUAAGUAAUUGUAAAAAAUUACAAGAUUUUUGUUUAGAAUCUAUUUGUGAAGAUCCUCAACCAUUUUUCGUUUCAAAUAAUUUUAAUGAAUUAGAUAAAGAAAUCCUUUUUGGUUUAGUAAAACGUGAAGAUUUAAGAAUUGAUGAAACUGAAAUGUGGGAUUAUUUAAUUCAAUGGGGAAUUGCAAGAACUCCUGGUUUAGAUCAAAAUAAUAUUAAUAUUUCAAAUUGGAAUUCUUUAUAUUUUAAUUCUUUAAAAGAAACUUUAGAUCAAUUCAUGCCUUAUAUUAGAUUUACUGAAAUUUCUCCUGCUGAUUUUUAUGAUAAAGUUAGACCUUAUAAAUUAAUUUUAGAUCAUGAUUUAUAUGAAGAAAUUAUGGAAUUUCAUUUUAAAGGUAAAAGACCAAAGAAUGCUGAUUUACCUGCAAGAAUUGCUUACUCUAGAAUUGAUUCUGUUAUAUUAAAACCAAAGCAUGCUGCUGUAAUUUCUAAUUGGAUAGAAAGAAAAGAUUCUCCUUUAAUUUUUUCUAAAAAGAACGCUUAUCAAUUUAAUUUAAUUUAUCGUGGUACUCGUGAUGGUUUUAGUAAUGUUGCUAUCAUUACUAAAUGUCAAAAUUUUGGUGCUUAUAUUGUAGUUAUAAAAAUUAGAGGUUCUAAUAAGGUUGUUGGUGGUUAUAAUUCUUUAGGUUAUCGAAGAAGUAUGAGUAAUACUCAAGGUUUUCAAUCUGGAUUUUUAACUCAAAUGGAAUGGAAGUAUAGUCUUGAUAGUUUUUUAUUUUAUUCUGAUGAUAUGAAAAAUAUUGAUACUAUGCAUUUGAGUAGAGUUAGUACUCCUAAUCAAGCUCAUUACGCUUCUACUCAUCAUGCCGUAAAUUUUGGUAAUAGUGAUCUAAUUUGUAAUGGUUUAGCUGGUUCUUGUUAUAAAAAUUAUUAUCAAUAUAGACUUUUAGAAUCUGAAUUUACUACUGAAGAAAUUGAGAUUUUUGCUGUAAAUUCUCAAUAA